CGCAUAGGCACUUCCUCCAUUCUCGUUGUCAAUCCAUUCCUUCCACCCAACACAAAGAACCAUCACCAAUCAUCGGCACCAGUCGCUUCGAAUCCCCAAAAAUGAGCAGCGGCGACCCAAAGUCCAACGAGCUGCACAAGCACCUGUUCGAGGAAGGUCUCAAGGUCCGGCGCAGCGUCGUCGGCGAGGCAUAUGUGGAACGGGCUCUGGCCAACGGCUCGACCGAGUUUUCGCGGCCCGGGCAAGAGCUGGUGACGGAAUGGUGCUGGGGCUAUGCGUGGACCCGGCCCGGUCUCGACCGGAAGCAGCGGAGCCUCCUCAAUAUCGGCAUGCUCAUGGCGCUGAACCGGGCACCGGAGCUGGCCGCACACGUCCGGGGCGCGAGGAACAACGGCCUGACGGAACUGGAAAUUAGGGAAGCUAUUCUGCAUUGCACCGUCUACUGCGGUGUGCCGGCCGGGGUGGAUGCCAUGAAGACGGCCGAGAAGGUCCUGAACGAGAUGGCUGAGAAGGGCGAGAUGGCGAGGGAGUUGGGGGACAAGGCAGUAUAGAAGAAGUGUGUGGCAUCAGUAGUAUGGUAGAGACUCCCGUCGCCAUUCCUUCGAUGCGGCAGUCAAAUUUCAAACCGCACGCUGUAUCUCAUGUAUUGCUCGACAGUCUGCGACCAAAUCUUUUCCACUUGCUGAACUCAACUGCUGACAUGUAGAGACCAUGAUCAUGCCUUGAACCUGCGGACAAGGUAUGAAAAUGGCUGCGGAUCACAUCCAAUUUACAGAUCGCUCGGCUUCUGAAGUCGAGCUCUUAGGCUUCCAGUAUGUUGACCACAGCACCAAUUCCGAUUUGCCCAGCGGGUAGGAAGUCAUGUUCCCAACCCCGCGUUCCC